AUGAAACCCCUGGAGCCUACGGAGAAACAAACCCAGCUGAAUCCGGGGUCAGAAACAAGCCAACCCCCCCCCCCGAUCGCGAAUCCUCCCCCUCUCGAGAACACGGCCAAGCCCACGCAGCUGACCGCACCGAAUCCUAACCCCGAAGCCGCGGGUGCCAAAACGGACGCAGCCCGCCCCAACAGCCAAACUCAACAGACUCCCGGCAAUAUCCCUGCCGUGAACUUUCAGGCUCUUGUGCAAGAGAACGCACAGAAGGGACAGAAUGAUGAGACGCACAGACUUUCCCUACUCACUCAGUCGCUGCAAGAGGACGUGGCCAAGCUGAUGCAGGCGCAGCAUGAAAAAGAGGACCAGAUGCGGUCGCUCCAGUCGGCCAUGGGCAGCAUGCAGGAAGAGAACCGCUCCCUGCGCGACGAGAACGAAAUCACAGACACGCGCUGUGACAUCGGUUUCCAAUUCUGA